GCCGCUGUUGAUCAGUGAAAUUAUUUCUGUCCAGUGUUGUCAGCCAGCAGAGUCCCCUCCCCUAUCACUGCGCUCUGCCAGAGGAGAGGGAGUGACUCUGCGCUUCAUACGAGGCUUGGCACGACAGAGAGACAUUCGCUCUGAUCAAUAUAUACGAAAGGGAUAGUGAAAAUAGUCUGGAAUAAAGCGAAACAUCGACUGGUAUUUCCUUACCGUUUCUCUCGAUCCAGUAUAAGGAAUAUUCGUGCUGGAUGUUUUUAUUCGUUGGCUAUGGCAUCUGACGGAUUCCUUCAACCUAAAUGCGCAAAAUGGCGUUUGUGUUGUGGACUGCGAUGGCAAGUACUUAUAUUUAUUCCGUAUUUCAGUCAUAUUGUCAGUGGUCAAAUCCGGUAUUCCAUACCAGAAGAGAUGAAGAAAGGUUCUCUUAUCGGUAACGUAGCUCAAGACCUGGGGUUAGAUUUGAAAAGGCUCCGAGCAGGCCGAGCCCGUAUCGUGACCGGAGAAAGCAUUCAGUACACAGAGCUGAAGACAGACAAAGGAGUUCUAGUCGUGAGUGAGAGAAUAGACCGAGAGCAGCUUUGUGGCGACGUCACACCGUGUAGCUUUAGCUUUGAAAUCAUUUUAGAAAAUCCAAUUGAAUUACAUCGUGUUACAGUGGAAAUAUUGGAUGUUAACGACCAUGCCCCUCUCUUCAAGAACUAUCACAGUACAUUUGAAAUCAGCGAAUCCGUCGCUCUUGGAUCUCGUUUUGUAUUAGAGAGUGCAGAGGAUCCGGAUGUGGGAGUUAAUGGUCUACAAGAUUAUGUCUUCACUCCUAAUGAUAAUUUUGUAUUGAAACAGCAUUCUAACGCAGACGGUAGCAAAUAUGCAGAGAUGGUCCUCCAGAAACCGUUAGAUAGAGAGGAGCGUCCUCGUCUCUCUCUAAAGCUAAUCGCUGUAGACGGUGGAAAUCCGCAGAGAUCUGGCACAGUAAAUAUAGAGAUCACUGUCUUAGAUGCCAAUGACAAUGCGCCUGUGUUUAACCAGUCAGUGUACAGAGCUACUGUGAUGGAAAACGCACAGAAAGGCACAUAUAUUGCCACCGUAAAUGCCAGUGAUGCAGACAGUUUUUCGAAUGGAUUACUGACCUAUUCUUUUUCAAAUUUGAAAGGCAACUUGGCUGAUUUAUUUGACAUUGACAGGACAACAGGCAAAAUAUCUGUAGCUGGACAGAUAGAUUUUGAAAAAGACAAGAAAUAUGAAAUUAGAGUUGAGGCUAAAGACCAAGGUGGUUUGACAGAUAUUGGUAAAGUUGUCAUAGAAAUAGUUGACAUAAAUGACAACGCACCUGUUAUAAACGUCAUGUCUUUCUCCAGCCCUGUGUCUGAAGAUGCUCCUCCUGGAACCACGAUAGCCGUUAUAAACGUUAAAGAUGCUGAUUCAGAGAGAAACGGACAGGUUAGCUGUUCAGUAGACAAAACACUCCCAUUUCAGAUCAAAUCCUCAUUGACAAAUUAUUAUAAUUUGAUCACUGACUCUGGUUUUGAUCGAGAAAAGAUGGCCGAAUACAAUAUAACCAUAACAGCGAGAGAUUCUGGUUCGCCUCCACUCUCUAGCGUUAGAACAAUACACCUGAGAAUCUCUGACGUAAACGACAACGCCCCAUUGUUCGAUAAAGGCACCUACUCUGCUUACGUCACAGAGAAUAACUCUCCUGGAAUGUCCAUAUUUACUGUCAGCGCGCGAGACUCUGACUGGAAUCAGAACGCUAGAAUCUCGUACCUCUUGGAGGACACGCAGAUCAGUGGAACUCCAGUCUCUACUUAUAUAUCUAUUAACUCUGAAACUGGAGUUUCACAUGCGGUUCGUUCCUUUGAUUAUGAACAAAUUAAAGAGUUCACAUUUGUGGUUAAGGCGCAAGACGGAGGCUCUCCUCCACUCAGUAGUAAUGCUACUGUCACCAUCUUUAUCCAAGAUCAGAACGACAACGCGCCUCAGGUUCUGUACCCUGUCCAGACUAGUAACUCUCUGGUGGCUGAAAUGGUGCCUCGUUCAGCAGAUGUGGGCUAUCUUGUCACUAAAGUGGUAGCUGUUGAUGUGGACUCUGGACAGAAUGCCUGGCUCUCGUAUAAACUGCAGAAAGCGAUGGACAGGGCACUGUUUGAAGUGGGCUUACAGAAUGGAGAAAUAAGAACUGUACGCCAAGUCACUGAUAAAGAUGCUGUGAAACAAAGGCUCACUGUUGUAGUGGAGGACAACGGGCAGCCCUCUCGUUCAGCUACAGUCAAUGUUAACGUGGCGGUGGCGGACAGCUUCCCUGAAGUGCUCUCGGAGUUCACUGACUUUACGCACGACAAGGAGUACAAUGACAACCUGACUUUUUACUUAGUCUUGGCUUUGGCUGUAGUCUCAUUUCUGUUCAUCACAUGUUUAGUGGUUAUUAUAUCAGUGAAAAUAUUCAGAUGGAGACAGUCUCGCGUCCUCUAUCAUUCCAAUCUCCCGGUUAUUCCGUAUUAUCCACCGCGUUACGCAGACACCUUGGGGACAGGAACUCUACAGCACGUGUACAAUUACGAGGUGUGCAGGACGACUGACUCCAGAAAGAGUGACUGUAAGUUCGUCAGACCCUGUAGUCAGAACGUACUGAUAAUGGACCCCAGUUCUACAGGGACGAUGCAGCGGAUGCAGAGUGAAAAUAACAUCCUGGAUGAACCAGACUCCCCACUAGAGGUUUGUUAUUUGAAUCAUAAUUAUUUCCCCCAAAACUAUAUUUCUUUCAGCUGUAUUUGUAAAUGCAUCAUGCACUUUAACUGUUUGAAAUCCACUAUGUAUUCCAGGGAACUUUCCAUGGUCAUAAGUAGUAUUCUUUUCUAUUGAUAUGUAGGCGUUUCUGCACCAAUGUCAUGGACAGCGGUUCUGUGUUGGUUGCAGCAAAGAGGCUGUAUUUGAAUGAACCAUGCACCAUAGUAAAGUUUGAAUUGUUCUGCACAUAGCCUUUACAGUAGUAAAACUGAGGCAAACAUUUUCUCGAAUAGUAAUUUGAUUAAAUAAUCUUACAGUUUC